CUAAUUGCAGAAAUUAUUUUUCAAAAAAACUAACUGAGCCUAAAAUUACAAGCAAUCUUAGUUUGGGUAAAGACGUAAAGAAAACGCUAAAUUUAUUCUGUUGUUUUACGGUGAGUCGAAGCGCAUAAAAGAAACCCUCAGAAAUAAAUACAUACCCAUAGCCGGUGGCGCCGUUCUGUCUGGCAUCAACCUCAACCAUGUCUCAGCAACCGGAUAUGAAGCCUUUGACUGAAGAAGAGCUUGAACGAAAGAAGAAGAAGGAAGAAAAGGCGAGGGAGAAGGAGCUGAAGAAACUCAAGGCUUUAGAAAAAGCAGAGUUAGCCAAACUUAAGGCACAACAAGGUUCCAAUGUUCCCAAAAAGAGUGCAAAGAAGAAUGCCAAGCGGGAUGCGGAUGACGAGAAUCCGGAAGAUUUUGUGGAUCCAGAGACUCCUUUGGGUGAGAAGAAAAGACUCGCUAGUCAAAUGGCCAAACAGUAUAGUCCAGCUGCUGUGGAGAAGUCAUGGUAUGCUUGGUGGGAGAAAUCAGGGUUUUUUCUUGCUGAUGCAAGCAGCUCAAAACCACCUUUUGUUAUUGUUCUUCCUCCGCCCAAUGUGACUGGGGCCCUGCACAUUGGCCAUGCCCUAACUAGUGCCAUACAGGACACUAUCAUUCGUUGGAGAAGAAUGUCUGGAUAUAAUGCAUUGUGGGUACCUGGCAUGGAUCAUGCUGGGAUAGCUACACAGGUGGUUGUAGAGAAAAAGCUAAUGCGUGAAAGACACUUAACAAGGCAUGAUGUUGGUCGUGAAGAGUUUGUAAAUGAAGUUUGGAAGUGGAAGACUCAGUAUGGUGGUGCCAUUCUGGCACAACAAAGGCGGAUGGGUGCCUCCCUUGAUUGGUCCCGUGAGUGCUUUACAAUGGACGAGAAGAGGUCAAAUGCUGUGACAGAGGCUUUCUGUAGGCUUUAUGAGGAGGAUCUUAUUUAUAGGGAUCUACGGCUAGUCAAUUGGGACUGUGUCUUACGAACUGCUAUCUCUGAUAUUGAGGUAGAUUAUACAGACAUCAAAGAAAGAACUUUGUUAAAGGUCCCUGGUUACCAAAAACCAGUGGAGUUUGGAGUAUUGACAUCAUUUGCUUACCCCUUGGAGGGAGAACUGGGUGAAAUCGUUGUUGCCACUACAAGGGUGGAAACAAUGCUUGGUGAUACAGCUAUAGCUAUUCAUCCGGAAGACAAGAGGUACAGUCAUCUGCAUGGGAAAUUUGCGAUUCAUCCUUUCAAUGGAAGAAAACUCCCAAUAAUCUGUGAUGCAUUGCUGGUUGAUCCAAGUUUUGGAACUGGUGCAGUUAAGAUAACUCCAGCUCAUGAUCCAAAUGAUUUUGAGGUGGGCAAGCGCCAUAAUCUUGAAUUUAUUAACAUUUUCACUGAUGAUGGGACAAUAAAUAGCAAUGGUGGAGCAGAAUUUGCUGGAAUGCCAAGGUUUAAGGCUCGUGAGGCUGUGAUUGAUGCAUUGCGGAAGAAGAACUUGUAUAGAGGAGCUCAAAAUAAUGAGAUGCGCCUUGGCCUUUGUUCAAGAAGCAAUGAUGUUGUGGAGCCAAUGAUAAAGCCCCAGUGGUAUGUUAACUGCAGUAGCAUGGCCAAGCAGGCUCUUGAUGCAGCCAUGGAUGAUCAAAACAGGAAGCUUGAGUUCAUUCCAAAGCAGUAUACUGCUGAAUGGAAAAGAUGGCUUGAGAACAUACGUGAUUGGUGUAUUUCAAGGCAGCUUUGGUGGGGUCACCGUAUUCCUGCAUGGUAUGUUACAUUGGAAGAUGAUGAAAUGAAGGAACUUGGUGCUUAUAAUGAUCACUGGAUAGUUGCCAGAGAUGAGGAACAGGCUCUAGCAGAAGCUAAGAAGAAAUUUUCUGGAAAGAAGUUUGAGAUGUCUCAAGAUCCUGAUGUACUUGACACUUGGUUUUCUUCUGGUGUUUUUCCUUUAUCUGUGUUGGGAUGGCCUGAUGAUACAGAUGAUUUAAAAGCAUUUUAUCCAACAUCAGUCCUUGAAACUGGACAUGACAUUCUCUUUUUCUGGGUUGCUCGAAUGGUUAUGUUGGGAAUUAAGAUGGGAGGUGAUGUACCAUUCAGAAAGGUUUACUUGCAUCCCAUGAUCCGAGAUGCUCACGGGCGUAAGAUGUCAAAGUCUUUGGGAAAUGUAAUUGAUCCUCUUGAAGUGAUAAAUGGGAUAUCACUUGAAGGUCUCCAGAAGAGGCUGGAUGAGGGUAACUUGGAUCCUAAUGAGCUGGCCACUGCCAAAUUAGGGCAGAUGAAAGAUUUUCCCAAUGGUAUUGCUGAAUGUGGUGCAGAUGCUCUCCGGUUUGCUCUUGUUUCCUACACUGCUCAGUCAGAUAAAAUAAAUUUGGAUAUCCAAAGAGUGGUUGGCUAUCGUCAAUGGUGUAAUAAAUUGUGGAAUGCUGUUCGUUUUGCUAUGAGUAAACUUCCAGAUGACUAUGCUCCUCCAUCAACCAUAAAUCCGGGGACAAUGCCUUUCAGUUGUCAGUGGAUACUCUCAGUGUUGAACAAGGCUAUAUCAAAGACUGUAUUGUCAUUAAAUGCAUACGAAUUUUCAGAUGCUGCGACCAGUGUGUAUUCUUGGUGGCAGUAUCAAUUCUGUGACAUUUUCAUUGAAGCAAUCAAGCCUUACUUCGCUGGUGAUAAUCUGGCCUUUUCCUCUGAAAGGAAAUUUGCUCAAGAUGCUCUUUGGGUUUGUUUGGAAAAUGGCCUACGUUUACUUCAUCCAUUUAUGCCAUUUGUUACUGAAGAACUAUGGCAACGCCUUCCAGGAGUAAAGAGCCACACAAGGAAAGAAUCUAUAAUGAUAUGCGAAUACCCAUCACCAAUAGAGAGCUGGACGAAUGAAAGGGUGGAAUAUGAAAUGGACAUUGUAGAGUCCACUGUAAGGUCUUUGAGGUCACUUAGAGCAGAGCUGCUUGCUAAGCAAAAGAAUGAAAGAUUACCUGGCUUCAUAUUCUGUCAAAAUGAUGAAGUGGCAGAAAUCAUCAGAUCUUGUGAAUUGGAGAUCUUAACCCUUGCCUCUUUAUCAUCUCUAAAGGUUCUACUGAGUGAUGUAGAUGAUGCUCCAGCUGGAUGUGCAUUCGAGAAUGUUAAUGAAAACCUUAAAGUUUAUCUUAAGGUUCAUGGUACUCUAAAUGCAGAAGCAGAGCUCGAAAAGAUCAAGAAUAAAAUAGAUGAAAUACUGAAGCAGCAAGAGAAGUUGAAGAAGAUUAUGAAUGCGUCCGGGUAUCAAGAAAAAGUUCCAUCUUAUAUCCAAGAAGAGAAUGCCACAAAGCUGGCAAAACUUAUCCAGGAAUUUGAAUUUUUCAAAAAAGAAAGUGAUCGUAUAGAAUCCGAAGUGCAGCAGCAACAGCAGUAAGGAUUAACCUUUUAAGUUUCUCUGGUGAACGAUAAUUCAAUGGCAUACAUUGUUUUUCUUCAUAACGAUUGUUACUUUCUGAACUUAACCAAUUCAGUGUCUGUUUUAUCUUGAUGAUUGCCAUGUUUGUUAUGCAAGAGUUUCAAUUAUAUUUACUUGUGUUUAUGUCCUUAUUUUUACUUUCCUACCGCUUAGUUUCAGUUUUCCUCUACCUUUUUCAACACCGUCAGUGUUAGCUUUGAUUCUAGCUUUAA